AUGGCGGGCAACGCACCAGGGGCGCCAGUCCUAGAUGAAGCAAGCCCUACCGUGAGACUCAAAGGCAAAAAAGGUUAUUAUGGUGAGGCUAUGGAGUUUCACACCUUCCAGUCUCGAGGUGGGAAUCUGAAAGACCUUAUAGACGAAGAGCGGUGGCUGGACUUUCCCACCACUGUUUGUUGCCCCUUCAGAAAGAUCGACAUGAACCAAUCCGACAGAGAUACUUCUCUACCACCUACUGGAAGAUCUGGGAUGAGAACCAUAUGGAAUCUAGAGCUAGUUUCUGGUCUUGAAGAUAACAACUUUCCGAAAGUAGGCCGUGGUCGAAAGGCGACAGAGAGACAUCUGGCAGCUAAUUUAGCUGUCAGAGCUUGCCAUAAUACCAGUAUCCGCAGUCACGAGACAAAAGAAUGGUUGGGCAUCGCCAGUGGUACGCAGCUCUCAAAGGACAAAGAGGUCGGCGGCGUGUUUGUGGGGAUAUCAGCACUUAACUAUCGCGCUAUCUUCAUGGUGAAGUCGGGUACUCAACAUUUACCUGAUAGCUUUCAUGGCGUCACAAGGCAGCAACUUAUUAAAGACUCGUUGAAUUUGGACAACACAGAACUUGUCGAACUGGUAUCUAGGCCAGGGUGUCACAUACAAGGCCACGAGAUCAUCUGGACCGAGAACAUGCUGAUCCCAGGCAACAUCUCAUAUAUCAAACGCGCACUCCAUGGCCACCUAGAUGAUGAUGAUAAAGCUCAGUUCCUGCAGCUAUUGAGGCGAGAACAUCGUCUCCUUUUAAAUGAGAAUGGCCCAGCUGGUGUUGCCAAGACCCUACCAUCCAAUGAAGAACCAGCUCGAAAACCGUUGAUUUGUCGCGCUAUUCAAGGCGGAAAAGAGUACAGCGACCUACAUUUCACCCUGAAUUGGCCUCCAAUGGCAUUACUGGAGUUUCCCAAGGCCAUGAUCGUCGCAAUGCAACGCUUUCUCGACGGAUAUCCUUCCGACAAUGUACCCCUGAACAUUGCACUGGCCGCAACAAUUAUCUAUUUCGAUAUUGAGGAAACAAACGAUCACGAAAUGGAGGGCUUUGUGGAUUCCUUUCAUAGCAGGAAGCCAUGUCUUGUGCAAAAGGCUCCCCUAGCAACUUUCAUUUUAUACUUUCCUCACAUGCUGAGGUUCGUUGAUACAAACCAUUUGACGUCGUUCCUUCACCCGUUCCGGUUCGCCAACUACCAUAAACCUCUUUGCGGACCUCUAGAAAUCAAACACAGUCGCCAUGAACUCUGCCCAGCCUCAAUGCGCUCCUGGUAUCACCAGAUGCGUUCUCGUCAUCCGCAAGUUCUCGCGGACUCAAGGUUCACUCUGAUUCCUGCAUCUAUGCCAGGGUCGACUAUGGUAUUUCCUGAAGACUGCAAUCAUGCUCAGAGACCAUCACUCGAUCUAUUCACUUUAUGUUGUUUGAAUGACGUGCGAACUUUGGGGAUUCCAAGUUACUCACGUAUCCCGAACUCCUCUUUUAUGUGUGUAGGAGCACCCAAAUGGCUCUUCACAAAAGCGGUUCGGCAAACUGAUAAAAACUGCUUUCGACUCUUUGGCCAUCCCACAGUUGACUAUUGGAAGACUACCGCUUCUGACACAACCAAAGCUCUUACUGGUCCGGCAAGGACAGUUGGCCCUGUCUUCCCAGACAUCGGGUCUGAAUACUACAACACAGAGGCCAUAGCUUCUUGCGCGAAGCGGUGGUUUGGCGAUGAGACUUAUUACACUCAGAACCUACAAUUUUGCCUCGAUACUUCAGAGCUCGAACGAAAGAACAUGGCAGCCCGGGCGGACGAGCUCACCAGGAUUGCGGAUCGGUUAGGUAUUCCACCCACUGAACGAAGGACGAGCCACAAGACCAUGUUGCUUGAAUGGGAUGGUAUGGAAGAUCAUUUAAAGUUACUUUGCAAAGCGGGAAAGCUAAAGCGACUCGCUGCGGCAGAAUAUUCUACGCCUCCAGCCAAGCGAGCACAACCUGUCGAGCCAACCUUGAGCUCGGACAUCAAAGCGGAGAUUCUUCAAACUAUCAAAGGCCUUGCGGCUGCAUCUUGCGAUUAG